CCCACCAGCACUCCCAGGUCAUUUCCAGCAGGGCUGUGCUCCAUGCUUACAUCCCCCAGCUUGUACUGAUACUAGAGGUUGCCUUGACCUAGAUGCAGACUUUGUACUUGGCUUUGUUGAACCUCAUGAGGUUCUCCUGAUCCCAUUGCUCAGCCUGAGUCUCCCUGCAUGGCAUCCCAUUCCCCAGACACGUCAACUGCACCACACAGCUUGGGGUCAUCUGCAAACUUGUGGUCCAUUUCAAGCACUUCUACACUUUCCACACUGCGGAAAGGUCCUUGUAAUUUAAAGCAAACAGCAUCUGACAUUUGGGCAUUCGAUUCCCUUUGGCUUCCAGGAGAUCAGACUAAAACCUUAAGAAUACUUCUGUUAGGCACAAGAGCCCAGGAAAAGAAACUUCUGGGAUUAUUUUCUUCUCUUAUAAGGAUGUAAGGACUAAAUCUGAAGCUGAAACAACAAAGUAAAUAAGUAAUUCACAGAAGCUCAACCAACACACCCUGCAUAGAGCAGGAGCUGGCCUUGAUGAUCCCUAUGGGUACUUUCCAUCCUGGACACACUAUGAUUCCACGAUUCUUCUCAGCCACAAGACACAGAAAAACAUCCUAAAGGAGGAAAUCUCAACUUCUCCAGGCCACCUGAGGUCCUUCGGGGCCUCCCUGAUAAAAAGAUCUUCUGCAGCAUGAGGACAAAAGCUAUUUUUAGCGUUAUUUCCAUUGAGGAUUGCCGCUGUCGUCCUGGCACCCUAUCAGGGCCGUUUUCCCCCUCAGGCAGCACGGAGGCGGCGGGUCCAACCCACACCUGCACCUCGCACUGCGCUGCCCUCAGGGAAAGAUUUUUCAAAGCCUUCACCCGGGCUCAGCCCACAGCCACCCUCUCCUGCACCCCGUGGACGCCAACUCGCCGCUUUAUUCCACUUUUACACGCUCCCGAGGGAGCUACGCCCGAAGUUGUGCAAGAGGGAGAGGUGGGCGUAGAGGCGCGUAAAACCCCAGCGCUGCCAUCGCUGUCACCUCUGCGCCAAAGGGCGGGAAAGCGCCCCGUUCGCGCCCCCCCCACAAGCAGCGGAGCCGAAUUUGCGCAUGCGCAGCACCGCCGGGGGCCGCGGCCGCCCCGCUGUGAGGAGGGCGGGCGGUGGUGAGCGCUGGGUUGGGUGUUACUUGUCCUGCUGCGCGGUUAUUCUCUGAUUUAUACACGCUUCCAAACCGGCUGCGAGAGGAAUCGGUUCGUCUCUUCUUUUCUCGCGGGUGGCUUUCUCCUGUGGGGCUGUCUUCACCUCAGGGACGGCACCCUUCUUCCCCCGCAGACUGAAGGGAGAGACGUUCCUGAGGGGAGAGCGGUCCUCCUUCCCCCGCCGCUGUGGGACGGGGAUCCCCGUGCCCGCUCCCCCCUCAGGCUGAGCCAAGCUGAGGGCAAAGACCUCUCAGCUGCAAGCAGGCAGUAAGGCUGGAGCGGAGCGAACUCCUCUUUCCAGUCACUCAGCGAGUGAGGACUGUGGCCAUGGCUGCGGGCGGCAUCUGGACGUCGCUGGGACUGAUGGCAGCCGUCGUGGCGACCGUGGGCCUGUGCCGGAGUUUGGCUCAUCGCCGCCUGCACAAACACCCACGCCUUUGCUCGUUCCUCCUGGAGCUGCUGAGCACCUUCCAGGUGUGCGCCUGCACCAACGAGCUCAGCCUGCUGGGCAACACGGAGCCCAGGCCGCACACCGCCCUCACCCUCACCUACGGCUUCACCGUCCUGCACGGCUUGACGCUGCCCGGCAGCACGUGCAACCCUUGUGGCACCCUGCAACCCCUGUGGGGUGGACGGACCUCAGUCAGGGCGAGGGGACUGAUGAUCAGUGCGCAGUUCGUCGCUGCAGUGUUGGCCAGGGUCUUUAUGCACUUUAUCUGGAGGUUGGAGAUGGCAGAAUCCCAUCCGGGAGCGCUCACUCAGGGUUGUGGCAACCCCAUGCAGACAACGGAGGUGCAGGCGUUCUGCAUAGAGCUGCUGUUCUCUGUCGUUUUCCAGUUGACCAUCCUGCAAGUGGAAAACAUUAAGCCCAGCUACAGAGUCCAUGCGGUUGCUCUCCUCAUCACCAUGCUGGUGUUUGCAGGUGGAAAUCUUACAGGAGCAAUAUUUAACCCAGCGUUGGCUUUUUCAUUACAUCCACAUUGUUUCUAUGACAGAUUUCUUAUUUAUUCACUGGUAUAUUGGAUAGCACCAUGCUUAGGUACAGUACUUGUGGCUUUUGUAUGGAAAUCCUUUCUUGGACACCAGAAGACACUAAAAUCUGAAUUAUAGUAGGACUACAUUGAAAGAAGUAUUUCCAAACAAGUUAACAUGCAGCCACUUCCAAAUGAAAUGAGGCUUUCAGAAAAAGCGUUUACAUAGACUUCCAUACCUCUUUUCACUUGUGUUUUCAGAUUUCAUGUAUUGAAAUUUCACUUACAGCUUUGUGUUCAAAACCUUCCUUUGUAACACUAGAUCAGAUCAGAGAAUACCUACCAGCAUUUCAGUUAAGCCAUAUGAAUGCGAAAGACUGUUAGAACACUGAAACUUUGUCACUUUAGCCGUAAGUGCCAUUUGCUGACCUGAAUUACAGUGGCAUAUAAAACUUAAGUUUAGAUAAAUUCCAGACCUUUCGGGGUUUGAUUUUAUUGGAUUUCUUCAUGUAGACAGCAGCUGCAGAAACAAAACUGAAGAUUUCCCUCUGUAGUGACCUCAGCAGUCCCUUUCAAGCUACGUACAAACCUCUGAGAGGAAAAAAGACUGAUUUGUUUUGUGAUCCCUAGAAGAACUGACACAGCUCUAUUCUAGAGGUGACCUACAGCAAAAGUACAAACCUGUAGGACCAGCAAUGUUUUAAUAGUAAAGUGCAGGUAAGUAGUCCUUCUCUUCCUUUCAGGAAGGUUCUACCCCACUGUCUCACUGCAGUCUAUUGAAUGUUUACCUUGAUUGGGAAGAGCAAUAAUAAAGCAGCAAGUUUUGUAGUCACACAGCUAAAAGUGCAUUAUAAGUAAAAAAAAAAAACAAACUUUAUCCCAGAUUGCACACACAGAAACAGAUACAUUGCGUAGGGAUGAAUCACAUGGAAUUUGAUGCAUCCUUGAUGUUAUGCAACCCUGACCAGAUGUUCUUGAAAUAAAUGCAUUUGCAAUAUA